AAGAAGAUUUGCCGUUUUCAGAGAAUUUUCGGGAUCAAAACGUUUAAACAAGAGGAAAUGAGAGAUCCGAGAUUAGAGAGAAAAGAGAGAGAGAGAGAGAGAGAGAGAGAGAGAGAGAGUGUGAGAGUGAGAAAAAGAAUGAAAAAAACAUGAACGAACUAAUUGUAAAGCGAGUGCUCGUAAACGAGAAGAUGAAAAAAAAAAGAAGAAAAAAAAAAAGAAAUGUGAACGCAUUACACAUGAAUACAAUAUUAUUCCGUUUUUAUACGAUUUGUCGUUUAAAGUUUCAAUUAUUUAUGUUCAUAUCACAUGUUUCUUAAAAUUCGUUCGUCGAAUUUUUUAACGAAUUGCGAACACGAUGAUACUUGAAGAAAAAAGAAAAAAAUAAAAAAAAAAAAUCAAUCGAAACUAUCUAACAUUGUUAAUCUGAAUUAUUAAUAGCGCAAUAAUAAAAUGUUUUUUAUGUUUGCAAUUUGUUAGAAAGAAAAAUUUUGAAAAAUAUGAUAGAAAGAAAAAAAAAAUUCGACGACGAAAUCGAUUCACAUAAAUCGUUUUACGAAAGAACAUUGUCAAACAUGUAUCGAUGGUCGAAUUUUUUAACGAUUUAGGAACGUGACGAUACUUGAAAAAAAAAUAAACAAAUAAGUGAAUAAAAAAUUGCAUUGUCAACGAUGCAAUAAUAAUAAAUAAAAUGUUUGUUUCGCAAUUUGUUAGAAAGAAAAUUUUUGAAAAGUAUCGAACGAAGGGAAAAAUUCGACUACGACGAAAUCGAUUUACAUAUAUCGUUUUACGAAAGAACACGGUCGAUAAACGAAAAAACAAGGGUUAAUAAAAAACAAAUAAAAAAAAAAAAAGGAAGAAAAAAUUCGAUAAUAGCGUUUUCGCAAGACUGAUACAUAUAUGUUAUCAUUCGGAUAUAUUUACUGAAAGACGAAGAAACGUUACAAUAAAGUUAACAACGUAACUUUCCCUUUUUUGCGAACGAUUGGUAAUAACAAUUUGCAUGUAAAAAAAAAUGUACAUUCGAGGAUAUCGAUGUGUUUUUUGGUAUAAACUUUGUGUAAAUAUUAAUAUGAAAGAGAAAUCUCUUCAUCUUUCAAAACGCGAAGCGUUUUACAUGUACGUUUAUAUAUACAUAUAUAUGUGUGUGUGUUAUAUUUUUUUUUUCUUCCUUUUUUAUCAUAUUUGUUUCUUUAUUUUUUCUUUUUUUUAUUGUUUUCAUAACAAAACUCUCUCGAUAUUUGCUAAUCGAUUUCAAUCGAAAUUGUCGAUGUAUCGUGUGUGUUCGCAGGGCCGCAUUUAUACCUUUGGAUGCUCUAGGCGUAACAUCGUUAAUGAGGCCUCAAUAAAACAAGUCUAUUUCGAUUAAUCAAAUUCAUACGAUUUUUGUUGUUGUUAUUGUUGUUGCUAUUGUUGUUAUUGUCGACGUUUUUUUUUCUUUUUUUUAUUUUUUUAUCAAAUAUACUAGACUGUUUUUUAUAUUGUUGUUUAUGAGAGGAGUAAGUUGUUUUAAUUAAACCACGGAGCCCCAGAUUGCGCCUAUCGCGUCUCAUCGUAAAUGCGGCACUGUAUCCUACAAAAUUUUUAUAAUUAGAUAUAUAUAUAUAUUUAUUUAUUUAUUUAUUUACUUAUUUAUUUAUUUGUUUAAUUUAUUUUCUCUCGAAAACGUUACAAGACAUUGUAUGAAGAUAAAUUUUUAACAUUUCGACGCGGAUACCAUAACCUCAUUUUUUGCCUACUUCGCGAAAAAAGAUUACCAAAAUAAAAAAAAUAUGAAAUACAAAAGAAACAAAGAAAUAAGAGCAAUCAAAAACUCCCGUUGCAAGAAAUAAGAAAAAGAAUAAUCUUCCGAUUUUAUGUUUUUACAAUGAAUUUGCAUACCCCAUAAAUACAUAAGUAAAUACAUGCAUAAAUAUUUCGGCGUUCGAAAGUUAAAAAUAAAAGAAGCGUAUGUAACGAAUGCGUAUACAUAUACAUAUGUAUAUGUAUAUAUAAAUAUAUAUAAAGAUAUAUAUACAUAUACAUAUAUAUACACAUCUAUAUAAUAUGUCGGCAAAAUAUUGUGUAGUUAGUAUUGAUGUUUGCAAAGUAGAGUGAACAAUCUCAAUGAAAUAGAAAAGACAGAGAGAGAGAGAGAGAGAGAGAGAGAAAGAGAGAAAGAGAGA